AUGCCUCUGCUGAUGCUGCUGAUGAUUGAGAAGGUGUCUCCGUCCAUGGCCACUCUCAGCUACUUUCCCCACAUGCUACAGGCGAACCAUGUGUUCAAGCGCAUGGUGGAGUGCAUCCAGGUGGACGAGGCUCAGGCGGACAUCCAGGCGUCUAUUUAUAGAAUAGCCCAGUCCCAUGUGUUCUCUGAGCAUCUGAUUCGCGAACGCCUGGCGGCAGAUCUGGUCGACGCAGAAGACUUUGCCGAUUGCGUGGGACUGUUCAUAUCAGUCUGUGACUUGGUACUAAAU